AUGACUAGAAUAGUCUGUAGUGUAUUAGUCAUAUCUAUUUUUGUAUCAGCGGCUAUUGCUGGCGGUAAUUCCGAUUGCACUGAAAUAACUGCAAAUUUUGAAAAUCUUUCGCAAGGAUUACAAACUCAGUUUUACGAUUUGAUUACCCUCUCAUCACACCGUCCUGAACAAGAAAUUAUUUUAGCAGUGAAGGAAGAAACUCUUGACAUCUUAAAUACAUAUCCGGACCUUGGUGAGAAUGAUGUUGAUUCGCUGUAUUUUAUUGAUUCUAAAGGAGAUUCAGGAGCUAUUUGUAUAAUCAAAUUUAUUAACACAACUGACGCAUAA